AGUGUUCGCCCCGCUCCUGAAUCCGUUGGUUGUCUUUUCUUCUCGCUCCGGCGACCGUCCAGGUCCGCUCGGGGCAUGUAGUUUCCCGGCUACGUCGAACGUAAGUCACCGGCGCUUGCGUCCAAUGUAGUCAGGCUUUAGAGCACCGCCGCGUCGGCGCAGAAUAUAACAUUUUGGCGACGAGGAUGGGAUAUUUGUUUUAAUAUGUAGCAUUUCCUCUUUUGUAACCCGGGAUUCGGGAGGGGGCUUCACUCCGCGUCGCGGGUCAGUGGUUGAGGAAACCGGCGCGUAACUGUAUUCAUGAAAUGUAUUCCUUUUUGUUCCGGGUGAACGGUAGUCAUAUUUUGCGGAAAGGCCGCGUUUGAUGAGUUUCGGGGGGAGGCAUUAGGCCUAGGUUUUCAGUACGUUCUAUUUUCAUCGUGAGAUGACUUCGUCAUCUUCGUCUUCGAGCGGCCCCACGGCGUUCCCGCCGCCGGCCGUCUUUUUGGCAGUGCCCGGUCCGCCGAUAGUAGCUUGGCCAGCAUGGAAGCGUGCUUUUCUGACUUUUCUUGACGCGUCGGCGUUGCAUCUCGUAGAACCGUUCCGAAAAAAAGCCAUCCUGUUUUCGCUGUUGGGCACUGAGGGCCAGCGCAUCGUGGAUGCAUUUCAGCUGUACGAGACGGUUGCGGUGGAGGGGACUGACGAGUUCCAGGUUUUUCUGGAGGCAGUCGAGAAGCAUUUUGAGUUUUCGGGUAGUAUCGCGCUUGAACGCCAGAAGCUGCGCGGUUUGUUCCAACGUCCUGGCCAGUCGGUAACUGAGUUUCUUGCCGUGUUGCGCCAUCAGGCUUCGUUUUGUGCUCUGGGGAACGCGCUCGAUGAAAGACUUUGCGAGGUUUUCUUGGAAGGCCUGGAGUCCAGACGCGUUCAGGAUCGCGUUCUGCAGGAGUGCGAGGGCAGCGAGCUGCCAACGCUGUCGCGGGCUAUCCAGAUCGCUCGCCAGUACGAGCAGAGAGCGAAGACGGCCGCAAGUUUUCGGCGGCGAGAGUCGCAAGUCCCGGUCGCGGCAGAAGUCCAGCGUGUCCAGAUCGAGGAACGUCAAACGGCAGCAACACAAGAUGGCGGCCAAGCGUCGUCUUCUUCGAUCGAGCAUGGGCAAGAUGGCUACAGCGGCUACCCUCCCUGGCCUCAACCUGGCUACCCCCCGUCGCAGCUUGGACCCAGGAUUCCUUGGGCUCCGGUGGCCUCCGGUCACGUGCCCCGUUUUCCGGCGAGGGUGUUCCAGCCUCAGCGUGGGCGUGAGCCCGCUCCGCCUCGGACGGGUGGGAUCGGAGCAGACGACGCCUGCUACUUCUGUGGACGCCGCCGUCAUGAUCGAGCGGUUUGCCCGGCGUCUCAAGCGACAUGCUUCUUAUGUGGAAAGUGGGGACACUUUGCAGUGGCGUGUCGGAGUCGUCGCCCGCCGGCGGCUGCCUUCACCUACGAUCGGCGACAGGCAUCGUUCCCGGUUCAAGGCCGUGGUACUCGGCGGACCUUCGCCGACAGACAGUUCAGAGGGGACCGGCCCGGCCGGGUGAACGUGGUCGGCCAGUCGCUGUCUCCUGAGGAGCUGCCAAGCGUUAGGCUGACGGAGGAACCUGUGGUCGUCGGGACGGCCGAGCGACGAGAAGGCGGCAGCAUGCGUCGUGACGCCUUCAUGGCCGAGAUCACGCUCACGGAGGAGGAGCAUCACAGCGGGAUGUGAGGCCCAUGCCCAACCCGCAGCGACGACCGUUCACCGCGUCGUCCUGUCAAGCAUCGCAAGUCCCUGGUUCUCGACCAGCGGCAAGUUCCAGACCUUCAUUUGCGGAGAACCCGUCUCCUGCUUCAUCGGUCUCUGAAGAGACCACACCUAAAGUCUUCGAGGACGAGUCAAGUCCGCAACGUCAUCCUGAGAGUCAAGGGCUCCAUAGUCCGCAACGUCAUCCUGAGAGUCAAGGGCUCCAUAGUCCGCAACGUCAUCCUGAGAGUCAAGGGCUCCAUAGUCCGCAACGUCAUCCUGAGAGUCAAGGGCUCCAUCAUCCACAACGUCAUCCUGAGAGUCAAGAGCUCCACAGUCCUGAGAGUCACGGACUACACGGUCCACAAGAUCAUCCGGGGAGUCAAGCGCCCCAAGGUAUGCAGCGUCAUCCAGAGAAAUCCAGUCCUUCAACGAGCCUUGUUGGUGGUUCCUCGAAGAGAGACGCAUCCAAGUUGCCACCUGGCUUCGAAGAUUUUGAACAUCUUUUUAGCCCGGGGUUGGGUCUGCUGAAGAAUCACUCGCACAAGGUCAAGGUGCGGCACACAGUUCCACCAGUCCAAUCAAAGCUCCGUCGCCUCCCGAUGACCCUAAGGGAUCGGGUUUCCGAAGAAAUUUUCAAGCUGGAGCGAGAGGGCGUAAUUGAACGUGUCGAAGCCUCCGAGUGGGUGUCACCUAUUGUUGUCGUCCGCAAGCCCGAUGGCAACAUCCGUAUGUGUGUGGACCUACGAGCUCCGAACCAGGCCGUUGUCAUUGAUUCAUUUCCACUUCCUUGCAUCAAUGAACUGUUGAACUCUCUACGGGGAGCGGCGAUCUUCUCCAAGCUGGAUUUGGCGUCCGCCUACCAUCAAGUCCGUCUCGACCCGGUGAGUCGUGACCUCACGUCUUUCAUUACCCACGAGGGGUUAUUUCGCUUUAAGAGAGUUUGCUUCGGGCUGGCAUCCGCACCCGCAGCUUUCCAGCAACUCAUGUCCAAAAUCCUAAGGGAUUGUCCAGGCGUUCAGUUCUAUCUGGACGAUAUCAUCGUUUAUGGAUCCACUUUGAAGGAGCACGAUGAGAAUCUCCGUCGUGUCUUGUCUCGAAUUUCCCAAGCAGGAAUGAAGCUAAACCGUAAAGGUGUUUUCCAAGUACAGGAGCUCUCAUUUUUGGGACACCAUCUUUCCGUGAAAGGUUUAGCACCCCUGUCAUCCAAGGUAGAUGCGGUCCUAAAUUUUGCAACUCCCUCUGAUGCAGUGAAGUUAAGAGCAUUUUUAGGGCUGGUAGAGUACUACAGCAAGUUCAUCCCUCAUUGUUCCACGGUCGUCGAACCGAUGCGUCGUCUCCUACGUAAAGGAGUUCGUUUCAACUGGUCUCCGGAAGUCGAGGCCAGUUUUCAGAAAGUAAAGACUUCCAUCCAAGAAGCUCCAAUUUUGGCCAUGUUUGACCCGACGUUGCCUAUCGUCGUGGCCACAGAUGCUUCUCAGUACGGUCUCGGUGCUGUUUUGCAGCAGCAGUAUGGUAGCCAGCUUCGUCCUGUAGCCUUCGCGUCUCGCUCGCUAACUGAUGCAGAGCGAAGGUAUUCCACGGGCGAGAAGGAAGCUCUCGCAUGUCUUUGGGCGUGUGAAAAGUGGCACGUGUAUCUGUGGGGAAGGUCUUUUGUCAUUCGUACUGACCAUCAGGCGUUGGUCACGUUGCUGUCCAACAAAGGUUCCGGAAUCCGUCCUCUAAGGAUCACUCGUUGGUCCUCCCGACUUCUGAAUUACAAUUUCAAAAUGGAGUUUCAGAAGGGCGCCACCAACGUCGUUGCUGACGCGUUUUCACGGUUGCCAGUGUCUGACACUGAGGAGGGCAUGAGAUUCGACGAGGAAGUUGUUUCCGUCGUAAUGGUUCCUUUGUCGAAAGGCGGUUUUCAACAGGCUACGGCCAAUGACAUAGUUCUUCCUUCAGUCAUCCGCUAUACUACCUCGGUUUGGCCUGAAGAUAGUAAAACCAAUCCAGAUCUCCGGCCUUACUAUCACGUCAGAGACCAACUGUCGCUGUACGACGGUAUUUUGUACAAGGGAGAAAAACUUGUCGUCCCUGUCGAGUUUCGAGACCGGAUCGUGGAAGUAGCACACGAAGUUCAUCAGGGGAUCACAAGAACCACAAGUGUGAUCCGGGAACACUACUGGUGGCCGUUGAUGAAUGAACACAUAAAGAACAAGAUCCAGAACUGCACGGUGUGCCAUGCUACCGACAAACCAGUGAAGGCUGCACCGGCUCCCUUGCAGCCCAUCCAGUUUCCAAGUCAGCCCUGGGAAAAGCUAGGAAUCGACAUCGUGGGCCCGGUUGAUCGUGCACCGGCCAGUCAAAGGUUUUUUUUGGUACUCAUAGAUUACCACUCCAAGUGGCCAGAAGUUCAAGCCACGUCUUCUGUGACUUCUGCGACUGUCAUCAGCUUUUUGAAGAACGUUUUUUCACGCGAGGGACUGCCCUGCGAGAUUGUGUCAGAUAAUGGAGUACAGUUUACCUCCCAUGAAUUUCAAGAUUUCUUGCGUCAACAUGGCAUCAAACAUAGGAGAACGUCAUUAUACCACCCCCAAUGUAACGGGCAGGUGGAAAGAUUUAACCGAGUCCUGAAGUCGUGCCUUCAGUUAGCUGUUGUACAAGGUCGUCCACUUCCAGAUGCCGUCCGAGACCACCUGGAAGCGUACAGACGUACGGUACAUCCUGCAACAGGAUUUGCACCAUCCUUUCUCCUUCAUGGACGAAAUCAUCGGUCUAGACUGGACGUACAAGGCAUGCCGACUAGGACGGUACCUGACGAUCUCUUGGAACGUCGAGCUCAGCUACAUGGAAGAGUACAGCGCUAUCAACAAAACAUGAAAGAUUAUUCUGACCAUCGUAGAGCGGUACGACACCCUCAGUUUCAUCCUGGGCAGGCUGUUCGCGUAUUCAAGCCCACCCAUCACAACAAGUUGCGGAGUACAUAUACAGAACCACAACGGAUACAUGCACAGUUAGGACCUGCUACAUAUCAACUCGCUGACGGUAGGAAAUGGAACGCAGCGAAGCUUGCAAAGUCCAUACAGCUGCCUCCAGCACAAGUUCCUGACUACGGUUGGGAUGAUGAUGAUGACGAAGAUGACUUGUAUAUACCUCCUGCAACUCCAGUGGUUCCUGUACUGACCCCUGUCCGUGGAAGCACUUCAACGUCCCAAGUACCAAUUGUCUUUUCUUGCCCGGAGGGUUCCUGUAACCCCGCAGCGUCUGGUCUCUUGGGGAGACCCGGUUCAUCUGCUGCACCCAUGGCAGGUGCACCUCGCCAUGCAGCGCUGGGUUCUCCCAAGGAGCCAGAUCUGUUUGCUGCGGCCGAGUCUCCUGCUCCGCGUGCUGUACCGGGGCCUGUUCCUGGACCUGUUCCUGGAACUGUUCUUGGAGCUGUCCCUGGGCCUGCCUCUGUUCCUGGGGGCCCUGCUCCUGUUUCCGAGGGGAAUCUCGGGUCGGCUGUACCCGACAUGAUCGGGAUCUCUGCACCUGAGCUCUGCCCUGCUUCCGUGGCAGACGCUGGACAGUCUGUGGAGCCUGACAGGCUUGUCAGGCCUGUUCCUGAGGCUGCGGUCAGGCCUCUUCCUGGGCCAGUGGUUGUUGCUGCUCCGGACGCUGUGCCAGGGUCAUCACCAGAGUCCGUGGUUGCAGAGCAACUACCUGUCUCCGAUCUGGCAGUUUGCCCAGACACACGGGCAGAACUGCUCGUUUUGCCGUCGCCAGAAAUGAGUACUCUGGAGUCUUCGGGAACGAGUACGCCAUCUAUGCCUCCACUUGAGGAUUCAGUGGAAGAACUCACGACCGAGUUCCACACACCACCCACGAUCUCCGAGCCAUCUACAGCUCCUCUACCACCAGCGAGGCAAGGUCGGCCAAUACGCCAGAGAAGACUUCCGCUGAAGUUCAAAGACUAUAUUCUUGCACUUGGCGAUGAUAGUUUUCAGUCAGAUUCGGAGUACAGUGACUAAGACUUUUGUAGCUAUGUUUUCGAAAAAGGUCAUUUUUGGUAUCAAGUUUGGGUACAUAUAGAACAUUAAAAGCAUAUCACUGUUAUAGCAAAACCUUGGCCAAGGUAAAAAUGUCCAUGACAAACACAAUAUUCUAAACAAUAACCAAACUAACAAACUAACAGUCAACACUACAAUGUGUCAUGGACAUUAAAAUGGAAAUAGAAAAUACAAAUCAUAGUAAUACAAAUGUACUCAAAUAGGUAUUGUUGGAUGUUUCAUUUUCCUCCCAAGAGGAGGAGAGAUGAGAGUGCUCCAAGUUGAAAUAUGACUCUUGGAAUGAAAUUUUGAUCGUCACGUGACUAGUAUGAUGCAACCUGAACUUUCAGUGAAAACCCGUUUUGUUUGGAUGACUUGUUUAAGAUUUUGUUGAAUUUCCGUGUCGUGCACACAAAGAACGUCUAUGAACAAUCUUUUGCGAAUUUCAUAUUUUUUUUGUAUUUCAACGAACAAUUUCAAAACCAAUAUUUCCAGUGAAAUAACGCAUUUUUCGGGUGGUGAAGUGUUUGGAUUUUCGUUAUUUUUUUUUUCACAUAACGAAUGUAUAACGUAAGUCUUCCUCCCACAAUUUUCUUAUUUCUUUUUUUAAGGGAGGGAGAAUGUAGUAUUUUGAUUUGCACGAGAUGGCGCUACUUGACAUCUCCUUUUUAAAGUAGCCAUCUCGUGCAUCCAUGUAAAAAUCAAAAGGACAGCACGCGACGGCAUGAGCCGCGCGUGAUCUGCGGCCUCAUCGGCCAGUGUUCGCCCCGCUCCUGAA